CUCAACACACCUAUAAGGACGGGCUCGUUUUGUGAAGGGAUAAGGGUAUAAGCUCAUGGUUACAGCCAUCAGGAGUCUCAGAUCGCCUGGUCUUCGCGGGUGUGCUGGUUUAGUCCGUGUGGAGGGAUCACUUUUGUUUCCGAAUAUCUGGAGUUUCUGCUUGCUUAAUGCUUACAAAUACCUGGAUUUAACAAGCUUACAGAGAACGGAUUAAGGAGGAGCAUGCCCAACCCCGCUGCUCUGUGACAGGCGACUGGGCCUGGUGUGGAAACGUGUCGUCUGCUCCUCUCGGCAGAAGUGUUGAGUUGUCGGCUGGAUCAACUUGUACAAUAAUCAUGGAUGAGUCGGAUACCGUGGCAACCAGAAGCCAGACUGACAGCAACAUAGAGGGAGAUAAACGUCUGGAAGAUAAUGUAACAGUAAACGGCGAUGACCUUAAAGAGGACGGCCCCAAGGCGAACGCUGGGGAAACUGCCUCGUCCGAGGCUGCGGUGUCAGAAGGAAAGGAGGACACGAAGACCGAGGAGGAAGAACUUCCCGCCAUGGAGAGUCGACCUGCUGCCGUAUGCAGGUACCGGUGGUCGAAGACCGUCCCCACCACGUCUGCUGAAGUCAUCUUCUUCUCAUCCAACAAGCCUAACGAACCAGUGGUGUUGUCGUGGAAUGACGCGCAAGCCGUUUUCUACUCCGUGGAGAUGCAGGUGCCGAGUGGAGAUUUCCAUGGCAACCUGGUCGUAGAGGGCGCUACCUACCCUGUGGAGGAUCACGAUGUCCGACCCUACACAUUCGAGGUCGACCUCUACAUCAAAGACGACAUUAUUGAAGAUGUGGUCAAGGCAAAUGAAACACAAUUAGUAGAAGCAAAGUUUCAAGAACAUCUCCAAGCCAAACACAUAGACACGUACCGAGAUAUUAACACAGAUCUUGCAGGACUGCCCAAGAUGGAUGGUGGUGCAGAGAAUGGUAUCCAUGUGACCUCCAAAUAUGAAGAUCUAGUCCGUCAACAGAUGCUGCACAAGGAGUCUUUGGAUACUAGCUUGGAGCAUGAAGUCAACAUGACAUUGAAAUCAGAACUUUCAAAUUCAUUAAAUGGUUCAGUUCGGCAUACACCAAUUGGGGAUGUGGCGACUGAACACUAUGUAGACAAUGAGGACACGGUGCUCAGUAACCAUAGCAACCAUGGCUCAGUUCAUGGAUCGUCUCAAGGAUCUGCCAGACAAACUCUGCAGUGGGAUGCAACAGACGGAGGCAAGCCCAGUAUUCUCGAUGAGCUGGAUAUGGCUUCAGACAGGUCUCAUCAUAGUUCAGCAAGACAAACUCCACAAAGUAAUGCAGCUGAGGAUAUUCUGAGAAACAGCUACUCUAAGCCUUCUUCGCGACCAGGUAGUGAACAUUCUGGUAGUUACCACAGUUCGAACAGACAUACUCCAACUGCGGGCGACAUGCUCAGCGGAGAGGUGUACCAGUCAGGGGGAAGGUCAGGGUCACAGUCCUUAGAAGGUUCACUGCGGCAGACACCAGUUGACGUCAGCAGCAGACCACCAUCCAAUCAGGGUUCACUUCAUGGGUCUUCCCACACACCUUUGACUGAAGCUGUGGAUGAUAUUCUGGAGAGAUAUUCAAGAGGAUCGAACCGAAGUAAAACUGAAUCUAUUGAGGAUGUUCUUGAAAGCCCUUCUCGAUCAGCUCACAGCUCUGUCAGGCACACACCACAGAGGGAUUUAUUGAAAGAAGACCUCAGUUUGCCAGGUUCUCAAAGGCAGACGCCACAGAACGAAGCCAUCCUAGAAUCCUUCAGAAGCAGUCAUGAAAGACUUUAUGGAAGUCAGGAGAUUCGAGGCAGCACUGAAAUCUCAGUUCGACCUGGCAGCGCUGGUGGGAGUCAACACAGUGGUUCCAGCAGACCACACAGCAUCACAAGUGAACAGGAGCUGUCGCAGUACCUCGACUACCCACGAGGUGACUUAGGGCCGAGAAGAGCAGCAUCACUAACAGGACUGCACCAGAGUGACCCACUGCUGCCACCGAUAUUGCAGGAUCGCCCCGGGAGUACAUCCAGCAUGCCGCCCCUCUCCACACAGGCCCUGGACAGACACCUCUCCACUCCAGACAAUCACAUCCGGCUUCCUGCAGGAGGGGCUUCUCCUCAUAUCAGAAGUCCUCUUGUCACGACAAGGUCAGGGUCUGCUUCCAGAGCAAGUAGCAGAACUGUUACGCCUGCAUCUGUGUCAGGUGCCCUGACAGAGAAUGGAUUCAGAGAGGAUGCCAAGAAGGUUGAUGACUACGAGGACGCGAUAGUGAAUCUACAGAAGCUCCUGAGCAGCCGCGAGAAGGAGGUGCACCAGCUGACAGAGCAGGUGCAAGAUCUUAAGGACAUCAACCGAUCUUUGAUGGAGGAACUAGAACACACCAAGGGUAACUUGGAACAGAGCAGCAGCAGCAGGGAGUAUGAGAAGAAGUACAAUCAACUGCUGAGUGAGAAGGAGAUUCUAGCUGUGGAGGUGGUCAAACUACAGGACCAACUGACCAUUAUGGGGGCAAAGGGGAACUCAGUUGGCAUCGACAACUACUCCCCCAACAACCCUUUGGCGCUACAACGAAAGAUUGAUGACCUUGAAGGUCAUAUCCAGGACAUGCAGGAGGCAAAUGAAACGGCGAUGUUGCAGUUGACGAAGUCGGAGAAACGUGUGAAGGAGCUGCUGCAGGAGAACGAGUCCCUGAGGAAGAAUCCAGUCCACUCCUUCCAUGAUCUGGAGCAGGACAACCGGCGUCUCCAGGAGAAGAUAUCUCGACUGGGUGAUGGAGAAGGGGAUUAUAGAUCCAGAAUAGAGAUGCAGCAACUCAAGGAUGACCUCCGGGCAUUACGGGAUCGUAACUACCAGCUGAACGAGGAGAAUAUACGCUUGAAGGAAGGAUCAGAUGUUAGAAGAGGCAUGCGUCCAGGAGAUCUGUCUUACAAUCGCGAUAUCAAAAUUUCGAGGGAAACUACUCUAAGAGCAGAUGACCAUUUGAGACGACCAAGUUCAAGGACACCAGAAAAAGUUCCUCUUACAAGAGACAAUGUUUCCUCGCUUGAAAGAAGCUUUGGGUCUGACAAAGAGUCCAGGGAUUAUAAAUAUACCCGCAGUGGACGAAUAGACGGAACAUAUCUUGAUAAUUACAAAACAGGCAAAGGGUCAUCAGUGGGUCUUGAAAGGUCAAGGUCAGAGCAAGAAAUUGAGACUCGCCCAAAUAGGUCACUUCCUGAUGGACAGGUAGCAGAGAAACUAGUCACAGACUCUGGUAAAUAUAGUCGUCAUUAUGAACGAACUCGAUUAGAGAGGGAGCAGUUGUCACGUGAUAUUUACUCAUCAGAUCGGAGUAAAGAGCGUGAUCGAAGAGAACACAGCCAUCUUGAGAACCAGAGGCCUUUGGGAGGAUCACAGCUUGAUUCAAGAGUAAUCUACAAGCUGGUGCGAGAACGCAUGCAGAGUCCAUGGAGUAGUGCCUCACUCCGCCCUGAUUAUACCACCCUUGUCACCCCACUGGGUCGGACCUCACCCCCGGGGUACAGUGCCACUGACACCCCCAGGGACAGUAUCCUCACCCCCUCAGUUCCCCAGUUGGAGGGUUGGAGAGAGGGUGGACAUAAACGGACUGGGUAUUUCUCUGAUGUCAGGGAUUCUGCAGUGCAUGCUGGGAAGUCACGUGACUAUGAAACUCAACUCCGCAAACAACAAAGCAGUCACGAGAACUUCUAUAGUCAUGAGAGAUCUUAUAAAGGUGAUUAUGAUGCACAGAGGAAGUUGUACCCAGAAGACAAUGGAGAGUUAAGCGACACAGCCACUGACAUACUCCUCAGCAGCGACUUCAUUGACCGCAAACCUGGCAGAUCACAUCGGCGUCGGCGAAGACAGUCUGUGGAAUCGGAAUCUAUGUCUUCUGCCAGUGAAGAUGAACAUCAUGGAUCUCGGAGAAGACGGUCGAAGUCUGUUGAUGCUAGAGUGGAUUUCCUAAAGGACACCGUGAUCUCCUGGCUAAAGAUGAUGUCAGGUGACUGGGUGGCUCGUCGUACCCCAACCGGAAGUCCCUCUCGCACAACUCCCGCCAUGCAGAUGAGAAUCUCAGCUAGUAGUGAGAGGUUGUCCCAGAAUGCACCUGCACCAAAUUCUGCUGGAUUCCGGAGCGUCACGCCUCAGCCGAUUGCUACUCAACACAACAAGGGCAUGAUGGGAACUAUUGUGUCACUAUCAAGCUCUCUGACACAAGGUAUGCGUCCGUUUGCCCCACGCACCCCUGGAGACAUGAAACUGGAUGAUGUGGUCAAGUUCUCCCGUCAGGGCGGCAAGCUUAGCCAGGGGAUGGUCAAGUUCAUUGGUCAUCUACCUGGUCGCAGUGAUGUCUACCUGGGUGUGGAGCUAGAUAAGGAAGAAGGAAAACAUGAUGGCACAUUUGAAGCAAUCCGUUAUUUCAAGUGCAAACCCAACAAAGGCGUGUUUGUUGCUUUCAACAAAAUAGUGAUGGCAUGGGCACCUUGACGACACCAACAAUGUGAUCGUUCUCCAACGUAUUUCCCCGAACCUACAGACAACGCUAACCUCGUACAUUAUGGAAGCUACUGCACGACAAGAUGAAACACAAUAUGACUGUUGUAUGUGUAAAUAUGGAUGCAUAGCUGAAAUAAUUUGUGUGAAGGCAUAAAUGAUUCCUAUUUGUAGCCAAUUACAAACAAUCUGUGAUAUGGGGCCUCAGCGGCUUCUGUUUCUUUGCUAUAAUUAUAGUCUAUUUAUAGUUGAUGUAUUUAUUUAGUUUUAGACUUUAUUUUUCCUAUUUUCCUGUGCAUUGCUUAUUUCGAUAGGAACAAUUAGGUAAUAUAUCUGAACAAAGAUCGCAUGAACGAAGAUAAGUCGUCAGUACAAAAAAUGUUUUGUUUGUGAUUUUGGUUACAUCCAGUACAUUAUAUUAAUACAUGCAUACAUACUUUGAACAUACUGGCAGAAUAGAAUGUUCGGAUAUCAGUUGAAUUUGCAUGUGUUUCGAAUGAACUUCACACUUAAACAAAAUGUUUGGCUGUGAUUUUAAUAUUUAAGAUUAAUGUUUUACUCAGUACCUAUUAAAUAUUAUUGUGAUUAACAAGUAUAGAUGAAUCGUUAGAGUUACUUCCCUUGUUAUAAGAUAAGGCAUGAUGUGUGAUCCACUAUCGUUAUUGAUAGGGAGGGGUUACUCAGAGAGCAAAGGUCUGUUUCGCCAACAUUGUUUCAUUUAUGUCAACAUAACUCUGAAUAAAUACUGCGAAUAAACACAAAUCAUACUAUCGAGAUUGCAGUUUGCAAUUUUCAUCUCAUUUUAAUUAUAAUCUGAUUUGGAUUUGUAAAUACACCAUUAAUAUUUAUGAUUAUUUAUUUGCUUUGUGUAAUGCUGAGAUGUAUAGUAUAUGUUCUUUUAGACAAAUCCGUCCAGUAUUCUGCUAGUGGCACUUUCAGGCCGUACAUCUGUGAUGUCAUGUUUUGUUGUGUUUGCAUAUUUUAUUAAAUGUACACUGACCAUA